AUGCGUAAUCAAAAAAAAAGACGCGUCUUGAGUCUUGAAGCAACCCAACAGCAACCUCAACAACUUGAUCUCGAGCCCGAAAGGCUGGGUCCUCAGUACCAGCUACCUCUAGCCACACGAUCACAAGGCUUGAAUAUAGAACAGGCUGAGUUUCAGCAAUCAUUCUACGUGAAUGGAAGUCUUCCCCAAACGCCAACACCGAAGACUCAUGAUUCGCACUUGGAUCAAUCACCGUUGAUAUCUCAGACACCCUCGUUAGCUCAAUCGCCCUUAAUAUCUCAGACACCCUCUCAAUCACCCUCGGCACGUUCGUCUUCGGUAGGUUUGACACCAGAAUUCAGUAUAAUACCGGAGCUCAAUCCCAUUCAGGAAAAACGCGAGCAGCGGGCAAGAGGACGGAAACCACGUGGAGGAGGGCAGACAAAAGCGCGGAGACAGACGCGCGCAAGAGCCGAGGUGCGGGAACAGAAAUCUCAAAAAAAUGAAAAUCAGGAUAAAACACAAGAAAAUCCUCAGACACAAACAAUUCCAGAUCAAGCUUCCUCAACGCAAGUCCAGACACCCACUCAACAGACAGUUUCGACGCAUUCGUCUUUUCAUCCUCAGACUCCACUCCCUUCUUCUCGCACAUGUCCGCUAUCACCCCCAGUUUCCAUAUUCUCGUCUCCCGUCUCAUUUUCGUCCUGCAUUUCUCAUCCCUCCUUGCCCCCAAUCACGUCAAAUUCUCAAACUGGACCGUCAAUCCUCCCACCCGGAUGGGAAGAAAUGGUGAUCCGUCCAGCGGAGGCGAAUGCUGUGUUCAGAUGGUCAACAGAUGAGAUUACGGACAACAACCCUGUCAGGCUUACCGAGCAGCGGGUGGAAACUAGCCUAACUGGACCGAACAUUGUAAAUAACACUAUUGCAGAUAUAUUGAGAGUGCAUGAUGAGGUUACAAAGCGAACUAUUAUAUCUUUUGCAAUCAGGACUCGGAUUGAGCACGAGCACACGAAUGCCAUACGUUUUGCCGUCACGUUUUUUAUGGACCUCCUGCUGAACAGCUUAAAAACCUCUCACCGCAAAGCUAUGCCAAAAGUGCCGCUCAAAUGA